UGUUGGACAUUUUACAUGUGUUUGUCUAUUUUCCCGACAGCACAUGAAGGCAUCAUUUUUGCGUCUGCCGUCAUCAGGGAAGCUUCUGACGAUAUUCAGUCACUAUUCACACAAAUGCUGUGCACGAAUGUAGCUAUCUGUCGAAGUGAGAUGUCUGCUCUUCCUUCAGAGAUGGAUUCUCAGAAUUCAAACCUGAACUGUGCCAUAUGCCUGGACCGUUUCCGGAUCCCUGUAACCAUCCCCUGUGGUCACACCUUCUGUCAAGAGUGCAUCAACCUUCACUGGGACACCAAGAGCAAGUCUGAUAUCGGACCUCAGUGUCCAAUCUGCAAUGAGAAGUUUCCUACCAGGCCCAUUCUCAAGCGUAACGUGUCCCUGUCAGUCUUGACUGAGGCUGUCAACACCGGCCCCUCCUGUAGAGAGUCGCUUAUGAGGGGAAGCGAAGGGGCGAGAGCCUUGCUGCUGUGUGAUCGCCAUAAAAAGCCUCUGGUUUAUUACUGCAGGCAGGACAAAAUGUCUGUGUGCUGCCAGUGUGGCAUCUCUGAAUGUGCGAACCACGACAAGGUGUUGUUGGAGGCAGAAAGGGAAAACCAAGAGCUGCUGCUGGAAAGGAAGAGAAAGGAGGUGGGGAAACUCACUGAAGAGACGCUGAAAAGUAUAAAUGACUUGGCUGAAAAUAUCAAUCAAGCGAAGGUGACUCUUCAGCAGACUUCCACCUGGGUCAAUGUCAAGUUCUCCACCCUGAUUAAAAUACUGGUGGAGAAGCAGGAGGCUACAGAGCUCUUCACAGAGGAGCAGAAAGAAGCUGCCAUCACUGAGGCGGAGGCACGGCUAGCUGAACUUAAGGAGCGCUCCCAGAUACUCCAAGAGAGCCAGGAACAGAUAGCAGCUGUACUUAAGCUCUCUGAUACAGAGCUCAUCAAGGAAUCAAUGGUCAUAGAGGUCCCGCGUUUCAAAGAUAUUCCCACAGAUGUAACGCCAAACCUUCAAGAGCGAUUAAACGGUGUCACAGAUGUCCUCUCCCGAGUCUCCAAGCUGGUGUCUGAGGACCUAGAGAAAGCUGUGAGCACCGCUGUGGGUCCGGACAAAGAUGGUUCUCCUCAAGAUAAGAGGCCGAUCCUAGCUGUGGUUCCCAGUCCAGCUGCUCCGUGCCACCCUGGUGGGAAGGAGGGCCUCAGUGCUUACCGAUGCUCUCUGACCUUUGACCCUCGCACGGCCAAUGGGCACCUGUGUCUGUCCCAGGAGAACCGGAGGGCAGAGCACCUGACCACCGGGCCCCGCCCCGUCCCAGCCCAUGAAGCGCGCUUCGAUCACACCUGGCAGGUGCUCUGCUUUCAGGGCUUCAAAAAUGGACAGCACUACUGGGAGCUGGAGGUGUCCAAGCCCUGGGCCUACCUCGGGGUAACCUACGAGACCAUCCCCAGGAAGGAGAAGGGCAAAAGGUGCAUGGUGGGUAUGAACGAACUGUCCUGGAGCCUGCAACUGGACGAGCAUCAGAUCAGCGCCUGGCACAACGGCCGGCGGGAGACUGUGGUCGGCCACUCCCAGCACAGCCGCAUCGGCAUGCUGCUGGACUACGAGGCGGGGACACUCACCUACUACGGAGACGGGCAGACCAGGCUCCACGCCUUCCACUGUGCCUUCAGCCAGGAGCUGUUCCCCGCCUGCUGGAUAGGAGAGGGGGUCAGCAUCACCCUCUGCUCCACAUGAGCUGACUCAUAAAGAGAAGUGAAGAAGAGAGCUCAGUAAUAAGAAUCCCCCUUAAACAUUCAGGAGGGCUUUUUAAAUCUCUUUUUGUUUAUACAAUGACUGCCUUCCUACAUUGUUUUAAGCAGAAGAACUGGCUCUAAUGGGCUUUCCUUCCCAAAACUGUCCACCUGGCUUUGACUUAUUCACAUAACCACAUGACAAAACCAUAGCUAUGGAAAGGGUCACAAACCCUGGUUCUAAAGGGCGUUAGGGUUCUAUUUUAAAGGCAGAAUGAGUAGGAUUUUCUUCAAAAACAGUGUAUAGACUCGUACAAAAAUAACUCCUUUUAAUCAUGACUUAGGGAGCCACCCGAAGUGUGUGGUGUGCUCUGUAAUUGCAGAGAGACAUUGCCUUCUCUGCCUGUAUUUUCUCUUUGUUUUAUUUUGCUGUGUUACCUGGGGUGUUUCUGGGUGUGUAGCCACCAGCCACAGCGCUGGACUCUAUAAAAACAUAGCAACCAGGUGCCAGAACGUAAGCACUCACCCAAGAGCAAGCUACAAAUGGCGGACACGGCGCUUAAAAAAAA